AUGGCGCAAGAAAGCACAAGGCAAGCGCAACAGAAGCCGACGCAGCCAAAUGUUGCUGCAACACCGACAAAGCAACAAAACACAGCGACAAAUGCCUUUGAUAGCAUAUUCUUUCUGGAUGUGCCGGAGACGGAUAUCCUGGACAGCAGCACCAGCGAGGAGGACCGAAAUGCCAUCGAAGAGCAGGAGCAAUUCGGUAAUCUUUCAUUUACAUCUCGAACUUCUGCUGCUGCGCUCUGGCUUGUGUAG